CCCCAGGGAAGACUCAGACUCCUCCUCCUAGCUCCCUCCCCCUAGCUCCAGCUCUUCUGCUAAUCACCCCGCGGCGCGCGCCCUAAAGUUCUGGGCAAAGUACUGAGAACUGGUACCGGGAGAUCGCACGCCGGCCAGUGGCAGAGGACCAGCGACCCCCGCGCCAGGAGAGCCGGUGAGCAGCGCGGGUUUCCGCCCACCAUCUGUCGGCGAGUGGCGCUCGGCGCCCCAGUCUCCUGCGGCUGGUGUUGGAACUGCCGUCGGCUGAGCCUUGCAGGGACCGGAGAAGCAGGGUUUGCCUCCUUCCCGGUCUGAAACCUCCACCGGGGAACCAAGCAGCGUCCCCAGCUGCGGAAAGCUCAGGUCUCUCUUGGUGCUGAGGUUGCUGUGGAUUCUGGGGAUCCUAAUUCAUAACUUCAUGUUCACAUAGCGAGUACUUUACUACCUGAGCCAUCUCCCAAGCCCCCUUUCCCAGAUUUUAAAUGUCUUGAAGGCAAGGUCUGCCCUGUCUCAGCAAAGACCAAGAGAUUAGUGCAACACUGAUACCCUUCCCCGCUUCAGAAGCACCGAGCUUAUUCAGGGAUUUCCUCCGAGACAUUCAAAAUGGUCUUUAGACACACCGGAUAGGAGCUGACACCUGCCCGCGUGGCCUUCAUCCUCUCAGCUUCACCGUCUUCUCAUGGCAUUUUGGCUGCACUGAGCCCAAGUGACCAGCUCUUCAUAAUGAGUGAUGAGAAGAACCUGGGUGUGUCCCAAAAAUUGGUUUCUCCUUCAAGAAGCACAAGCAGCUGUUCCUCCAAGCAAGGAAGCCGACAGGACAGCUGGGAAGUGGUGGAAGGAUUGAGGGGGGAGAUGACGUACACCCAGGAGCCGCCCGUGCAGAAAGGAUUUCUGCUGAAAAAGAGGAAGUGGCCCUUGAAAGGCUGGCACAAGAGAUUCUUCUACCUGGACAAAGGAAUCUUGAAAUAUGCCAAGAGCCAAACUGAUAUUGAGCGAGAGAAGCUACAUGGCUGCAUUGAUGUGGGCCUUUCAGUGAUGUCUGUGAAGAAGUCGUCCAAGUGUAUCGACCUUGACACUGAGGAGCACAUCUACCACCUGAAGGUGAAGUCCGACGAAGUUUUUGACGAGUGGGUAUCCAAGCUCCGCCACCACAGAAUGUACCGGCAGAAUGAGAUCGCCAUGUUUCCUCGGGAUGUCAAUCACUUUUUCCCAGGGCCCACGGUCACAGAUUCUGCCCCAGGAGUGUUCGACUCCAUUUCCAGUAGGAAGCGUAGCAGUCUGUCGAAGCAGAACUCAUUUCAAACUGGAAGCAAUUUGUCAUUUUCUUGUGGUGGUGACACACGAGUUCCAUUCUGGCUGCAGUCUUCAGAGGACAUGGAAAAAUGCUCCAAAGACCUGGCACACUGCCACGCCUAUCUGCUGGAAAUGAGUCAGCUCUUACAGAGCAUGGAUGUCCUGCAUCGGACAUACUCGGCGCCGGCCAUCAACGCCAUCCAGGGUGGAGCUUUUGAAAGUCCCAAAAAGGAAAAGCGAUCACACAGGCGGUGGCGGUCCCGAGCUAUUGGCAAAGAUGCUAAAGGAACGCUGCAGGUCCCCAAACCCUUUUCCGGCCCACUGAGGCUGCACUCUUCCAAUCCUAAUUUGUCAACAUUGGACCUGGGCGAAGAGAAGUCUUACUCGGAUGGUUCUGAAGCCUCAUCCGAGUUCUCCAAGAUGCAGGAGGACCUGUGCCAUGUCGCCCACAAAGUUUACUUCGCUUUAAGGUCAGCAUUUAAUAGCAUAUCGGCGGAGAGAGAGAAGCUGAAGCAGGUGGAGCUGGACGCCUCCUCCUCGCCCUCCGCUCAGGUCGUCGGGCUGAAGCACGCGCUGUCAUCCGCCCUAGCACAAAACACAGACCUUAAAGAACGCUUACGCAGAAUCCAUGCGGAAAGUAUGGUCCUCGACCCUCCUGCUGUUCCCAAGUCGGGGGACAACCUGGCAGAGGAAAACUCCGGCGACGAAAGCCGAGCCCUGGUGCACCAGCUCUCCAACGAAAGCAGGCUGUCCAUCACCGACUCCCUUUCUGAGUUCUUUGAUGCCCAGGAAGUCCUGCUUUCUCCUAGCUCUUCAGAAAACGAGAUUUCUGAUGACGAUUCCUAUGUCAGUGACAUAAGUGACAAUCUGUCCUUGGACAACCUUAGUAAUGAUUUAGACAAUGAAAGACAGACCUUGGGUCCUGUUCUCGAAAGUGGUGGGGAAGCCAGGUCCAAAAGGCGGACGUGCCUGCCGGCGCAGGGCCCCAACACCAGUAGUGUCAGCUUGUGGAGCAUCCUGCGCAACAACAUCGGGAAGGAUCUGUCCAAGGUGGCCAUGCCCGUGGAGCUGAAUGAGCCGCUGAAUACCCUGCAACGGCUCUGUGAGGAGUUGGAGUACAGCGAGCUGCUGGACAAGGCUGCGCGCAUGCCCAGUGCCCUGGAGAGGAUGGUCUACGUGGCAGCCUUCGCCAUCUCUGCCUACGCAUCCAGCUACUUCCGAGCAGGCAGCAAGCCAUUUAACCCGGUCCUUGGAGAAACGUACGAAUGCAUCCGACGGGACAAGGGCUUCCAGUUUUUUGCCGAGCAGGUGAGCCACCACCCUCCUAUCUCUGCCUGCCACGCUGAGUCGGGAAACUUCGUUUUCUGGCAAGAUGUGAGAUGGAAAAACAAAUUCUGGGGUAAAUCCAUGGAAAUUGUCCCAAUUGGCACAACGCACGUGACACUGCCAGCUUUUGGGGAUCACUUUGAAUGGAACAAAGUGACCUCCUGCAUCCACAACAUCUUGAGCGGACAGCGAUGGAUCGAGCACUACGGGGAAAUUGUCAUCAGGAACCUGACCGACGACUCCUGCCACUGCAAAGUCAACUUCAUAAAGGCAAAAUACUGGAGCACUAACGCCCAUGAGAUCGAAGGCACGGUGUUCGACCGCCAUGGGAAGGCUGUGCACCGGCUGUUUGGGAAAUGGCAUGAGAGCAUCUACUGUGGCGGUGCCUCCUCCUCCACGUGCGUCUGGAGAGCAAAUCCCAUGCCGAAAGGCUACGAGCAGUAUUACGGCUUCACGCAAUUUGCACUGGAGCUAAAUGAGAUGGAUCCAUUGUCACGGUCUUUAUUACCACCCACCGACACUCGGUUUCGACCAGACCAAAGGCUUCUAGAAGAAGGGAACAUAGAGGAAGCUGAGGUACAGAAGCAGAGGAUUGAGCAGCUGCAGAGGGAGAGACGGCGGGUCCUGGAGGAAAACAACUUGGAGCAUCAGCCCCGGUUUUUCAGGAAGUCCAGUGACGACACUUGGGUGAGCAACGGGACCUACCUGGAACUGAGGAGAGACCUUGGCUUUUCCAAACUGGACCAUCCCGUCUUGUGGUGAAAAAGUAAAGAAGAAAGAUAUGUUCAUGUACUUCCCCACGUUUGCUUCCGGAAGCAGCACACACCUGUGUCUGUACGUUUAAAAGAUAGCGUCUAGAACGAUCCCUUGUGCUUAGCCCAGCAAUGUAAGCACUGAAGUGUGUGUUUUCUUCAGUGAGUUUCUCGACAAUUUCAAGUAUUAUCAUGAUUGUUUAUAUGAAUGUAGAACACCUUGGUAUUUCCUUUUAUAUAUAAACUAUUUAAUAAAAAUGAAAGAUUGAAUGUUAAUGUGUGGGUUUAAGAAAAAAAAAAGAAGCUUUAACACUAAUUUCCCAAAGGUGAGGGCGGACAGAUCAAAUUUAUGCCUUAUAAAAAUCACACCGGAGAAAACAACCCUCUCCCAGGUGCGUUAAGAAUUAAGAACACCCAGGGUUGCUCACCCAUGCGCUAGCUCUCCAGGUUUAACUGGGAGCUGGGAUAUCUUUUUAACCCCAGACAGCUCUUGAAUUGCUCAUACAGAACAAUUCUGCUGGUGCUGAAGUACCAAGAAUAUUUUCAUUUGCAUUUUAGUGGUUAAGGCAUCUGUGUAAGGUUAGCGGGAUGCAUAUUUUUUAUGUAAGUCGGGCAUGGCCCAUCUGGAAGAAGAGGCCUUCUCUCCCUGUAGUUCUGUUGCCUUAUAUGCUCCCCCUCUUAGAGAAGUUGUACUAAUCAGAGAGAUCUCUAAUAAUUCAGUGUCCUGAUGGCAUCCUAGGGAGGCAGAAGGCAUCUCGUUUUUUUUUCUCAGUGAGAGCCGAAUCCUUAAUGAUUUAAGAAAUCCACUGUUAGCUUCCUGCCCCACCCCGGGCUCGCAAGCCCCCUUUUUGACCCUGAUUGAGGAUGGAAUGUCUCCCCUUUAGUACAAGAGCUACAGUAAGCAGCCUGUGACCUUCUCAGGCUUUAGUGAAGUCGCUGGUGAUCUGAAAUAACCCUGUGGCGUUGGUAUUUUCUACCUCGCGCGAAGCUCUGUACUUCUCAGCCGUGUGUCGGCAGUUUGACCAUCUGCCUUAGAGACAAACACCAAGCACUGCUGUUCUGUGUCGUCCCGAGGAAGCUGCACAGGUUUUACCUCUUCCUUCUACUCUCUUCUUGUUGAAACACUCUGAGGUCCCAGAUCGGAGCUUCCAAAAGGAAACCGUUGUUCUUGUGUCUUAUGUCACAUUAUGGUAGCAGAUUGUAUGCAGUAGCUGAAUUGUGUUAGCAAAACCAUUUCAAUUUCUGCCCAGAGCACGUUAAUACCAAAGCCUGACCGUUUAGCCUUUGACUUGAACGUCUGUAAUGAUUCUAUGAAACAUUGUAUGGAAUGACAGGGUAAAGAACUCUCUAUAGAAAGCAUUUGAGGGGGCCUGUGGGAUUGACUCGGCAUGUAAAGGCUCUUACUGUACAAGCCUGGCAGCCUUAGUGUGAUCCCCAGGACCCACAGAAGAGGUGGAGGAGAGACCCGACCCCGCGGAGUUGUCGUAUGUCACAGCAGGUAGCCGACUGGACAGCCCCGAGUUUUCACAAUGGAGUGUUGAAGGUGAAUUGGCAGUCUUUGGAGUCUACAAGUGACUGUCAUUUUAAACAACUCAUUAAAUAUUGGUUCACUUGUUCCAUUUUAUGGAGGCAUCAAGACGAACACAGUGGGAAUCUCAUUUCCAUUUCUAAGCAGCUGGAUGGCGCAGCUCAGUUCUUUAGUUCCCGUUUCUUCUUCCUUUCCUUUUAAAGCGUUAUCCACAUUCUGCUCACAGACAGGAGGAAGCAGGCUGUAGGUUUAAUGGCUCUCAGUGGGGAAACAAAUCUGCUGUACACAAUGUGAGGAUAAAUGCGGAGUUUUAGCAAUAUUGACUGUUAAAUAGGCCUGCUCCGGAGGCUGGCUCAAAGGAGACAGAAAAACAACAGAAACAAAACCCCUAAAAAUAUACCACUGGAAUGGGUGCCGCCUUGUGGAACCAGUUGUUUGCUAAUUCUUAAAUUUCCUCGUGGUGUGAUUUCUGUUGAUUUCAAGCUUUAUUUUAGGAUCCCACCAACAGCUGACCCAAAUGUCACCUUGGUAGUCACCUUAUUUGAACCAGGGACUGGAAUGAACAAAACAUGUUCCGAAGCCAUGAGUAAAUUCUCCCCGUCACUGCCAGUAUCUGGAUGAGAGUUUUUUUUUAAAUGCACUUGAUCUGGAGAUGCAACCUUGGUAUUUGAAUCUUAAAACUCCCUGCAGGUGGGAAGAGGCUGCUGCGUUCCUUCUGUCCUGUCUAACACCCCCUUCCAACCAAGUUUGUCUGUGUAGGACUUGUUUAUUUUAUAAGGAAAGCAGAACUAUGGUAUUGCUUUAGAAGAAUUAAGGUAAAGGUUAAGUUACUGGACUCUGACUUUCUCAAAUACAUACACCAAAUCCCUGCUCUAUUUGAUAUGAUGCUUUCAGCCUCUCUCAUUCUAGCUAUGCUAUUUCAAGAUGAUGCUAGGUUACAGAUGUUCUCCUGUCUAUAGAACCUGUAGUGUUCCUCUUUUCAGUACUCGUGACCCCAAACUGCAACACAUAGUUAAGGAAUGAGCAUCUUCAGUAUAACAAAGGAGAAGGGCAGUUUCCUCUACAGGCCCUUGGGUACCUGAAGGAUGAUAUUUCCUCUCCUCAGAAGUGGUAAUAAAAGCCUCCAUGCAACUUCUUCCUGCAGUUCACACUCUGAUGCUAGGAUGCUUCUGGUACUAACUAAACAUGUGGUUCCCCUCCCAGACACGAGGGGGAAUCUGGUACUAAUUAAAUAGAUGCAGUGCACCUCUGAAACACUAGGGGGAGUCUGGUACUAAACAGAUAUAGUGUACCUCAGACUCGGGAGGGUUCUGUAUUAAAUAGGUGGAGUUUCACCUUAGGAUAUCAAUACAGUUACCUACUCAGUAGCAAGAAUGCCUUAGCAGUUCCCCAGUCUUCCAGUGCAUCUGGGGGGCUCCCUAAGGGAAAACGACAAAAACUGAGAUUUUUAAUGUUUACUUCAUUUAGGCUGAUGUUUUCCUCAUACCCUAUUUUUAACUACUUCCAGUCAAUUUUUUGCUCAGCCUUCUAGCACCGUGCUUCAUCUGCACUUGCCAGAUUUAUGAUGAGAUGUUUUAUUCUACCCUUAAAGAUGGCAAGCCAAGAAUAGAGGCAAGGGUUACUGUGCUUUUUAAUGUAGGCUUACUGUGUACUCCAAGCUCUCUGACGGGCCGUAGCUAUUACAGACUGUCCUCAGAGCCUCUCAGCUACCUAAGAGCCAUAAGUUGCUCUCGUGGUCUUAGGAAUAACAGCUACAGUGUGUGGGCAGAAUUUAUCUGAAUGCCUUUAGUUUUGAUAUCAGCAUCAGCAUAAAUCUAUUUUUGCUAGCAGAUUAAAGCUAUUUUCGCGCGCUCACUUUUCUGUGUUGUGUCGACCUGUGACUUGGAAUUAAUCUUUCUGUCGAAAGCCUACAUAUCGAACAAUAUCUGCAAAUCAUGAUGGUCUACUACAGGGCAAGCUGGUUUUAAGGACUGGUUUUAGGGGGGAUGUGGUUGUCAGAAAUGACUACUCAUUUAUUUCAUUCAUGAUUAUUAUUAUUUUUUUAAUCUUCCUCUGUUACCCCCAGAGGGUAUGCUUUUGGGGGAAAAAUUGAUACUUGUAAAUCUUCUAUGUGACCUUUUGUAAAGUCUGCGUCCUACCUCGCUGCCCAUCCCUGUCUGACUUCCCAGAAGCCCCUUUCCAUUUGUUGUCUCUCCACCCCGUGUGGCUCAUUGACUAAGAAUAAAGACUAUAGUAACGA